CUGCGGCUGCGCAGUAGAGACAUUCCGAGGAUCCGUCAGGUUACUGGAGUGUGCCUAGUUAUACAACACUUUUUAGCUCAUUUUCUGUCUCUUAAGACGCGUGUCGCUCAUAGAACCAUGAAUCCUGAUAUUAAACGAGAACGCUUAAAUGCGUCAUUUGAUGUCGAAAAAGUUACGUACAUUUUGGACGGGGGCCCGGAGAAGACCAAAAGACGACGAGAAAUUGAGUCGCUGGUUUUCAGUGACCCCGACUUCAACGAGGAGGACCCAAACUUCCUGUCUCGCAGUGAACGCUAUGACCAAGCCAUUCGAAAAAGCGCCCAGAUGGUCCUGAAGCUCAGAGAGUAUGGCAUCGCAGACCCAGAGGAGAUCUAUCACUACAAGAGUUGUGUGCACCCCGGCAGGCCGUCGCCCUUGGACCUUCAUUUGGCAAUGUUCCUGCCCACUCUGCUCAACCAGGCCUCCCCAGCUCAAAUGGACCAUUUCUUCAUGCCCGCCUGGAACCUAAAGAUCAUCGGCACCUACGCUCAGACCGAGAUCGGCCACGGCACCCACCUCAGAGGGCUGGAGACCACAGCCACGUACGAUCCAGCCACGCAGGAGUUUGUCUUGAACAGCCCCACCGUCAGCUCCAUCAAAUGGUGGCCUGGAGGACUUGGGAAGACCUCUAACUAUGCCAUCGUUUUAGCCCAGCUUUACACUCUGGGAAACUGCCAUGGUCUGCACGCUUUCAUCGUUCCCAUCCGUGAUAUGACCACUCAUGAACCUCUGCCAGGUAUUGUAGUUGGUGAUAUUGGCCCUAAGUUUGGCUUCAGUGAAGUUGAUAACGGAUUUCUGAAAUUGGAGAAUGUGAGGAUCCCUCGGGAGAAUAUGAUGAUGAAGUAUUCCAAGGUGGAGCCAGAUGGGACCUACGUGAAUCCACCCAGUUCCAAACUGACCUAUGGGACCAUGGUGUUCGUCCGCUCAAUGAUUGUAGGCGAGUCUGCUCGGGCCCUCGCCAAGUCCUGCACCAUCGCCAUUCGCUACAGCGCGGUCCGUCACCAGUCUGAGAUCCGGCCGGGAGAGCCCGAGCCUCAGAUCCUCGACUAUCAGACGCAGCAGUACAAGCUCUUCCCUCUGCUGGCCAUGGGCUAUGCUUUCACGUUUGUUAGCCAGUAUAUGACAGAGAUAUACCACCGUAUCACUGAACACAUCAACCAGGGGGACUUCAGCGAGCUGCCCGAGCUCCAUGCCCUCUCUGCGGGCCUGAAGGCCUUCACCACUUGGGAAACUAACUCUGCUAUUGAAGUGUGCCGCAUGUCAUGUGGUGGCCACGGUUACUCUCGCAGCAGUGCCUUGCCAGAUAUUUAUGUUGAGUUCACACCAACCUGCACCUACGAGGGUGAGAACACCGUCAUGAUGCUGCAGACUGCAAGAUACCUGGUGAAGAGCUACCGGCAGGCUAAAGCAGGCCAGCAGCUGAGUGGCAUUGUGUCGUACCUGAAUGAGUCCCAGAACAGGAGGGUGCAGCCACAGGCCGUGGCCGCCAGGCCCCCCGUGGUGGACAUCAAUGACCUGAGCAGCCUGGUGGACGGCUACAAACAGCGAGCUGCCGUUCUUGUUGAGGUGGCAGCAAAAAGCAUCCAGCAGGAGCUGCAGCGCAGGAAGUCACAGGAGGAUGCCUGGAACAACAGCGCUAUCGACCUGGUCAGAGCCUCAGAUGCCCACUGUCACUAUGUUGUGGUGAAAGUCUUUAAUGAGAAGCUAAAGGGGAUUGGGGACACAGCGAUUCACUCUGUGCUGUCAACCCUGGCUGUGCUCUAUGCCAUGCAUGGUAUCACAAAGAACUCUGGAGACUUCCUACAGGCUGGAGUGGUGAGCGUGCCCCAGGUGCUGCAGAUCUCAGUCCGUAUAAAAGAGCUUCUGUCUCAGCUGCGACCCAACGUUGUGGCGCUGGUAGAUGCCUUUGACAUCCAUGACAAAAAGCUGAAUUCGGUUCUGGGGCGUUAUGAUGGAAACGUCUACGAGCAUAUGUUCGAGUGGGCUCGCCGCUCACCUCUUAAUGCCACAGAGGUCCACGAAUCCUUCCACAAGUACCUGAAGCCCCUGCAGUCCAGACUGUAAGCCAAUAAAUGGACCUCAUCUAAUGGCUGGGACCCUUUACCUCUGCACAAAUCUCCCUGUAGUGAACCUGUGAUAUGAACCCCAUGAUGGAUUUUACAGCCUAUGAGAUGGUAUUUACGAGGAGCGUAGCACUCCAUCCACGUCUGUUUUCUCUCUUAGCUGUAAAGUUGAACUCAACAACCAAUACUAUAGCUUUGGUAGACAGCAGAUAACUCUGGAAUGUUAUGAAUACUCAGUUUAGUGAUCGAAAAGAUUGAUGGAGGGAUAGACUAAAUAUGUUUUCUGUUACCAGAAACUCGUUUUUCAAAAUAAACAUAAAUAAUAAAUAUUUGACCUAAGAAGGUAAAGAUGGAGCCCACAUAUGACAAUACAGAAAACAAUAAUCAAUUUACUGCUUUUAUUCAUAUUAUGCAGAUACAAACUUCAUAAUAAAUGCUUUAUGAAAUUCACUUUAUUUUUGCCACAUUCCUACAGCCUCAAGCGUGUGAGCCAGAAAAUAUAGAAGCUUUUUCCAUUUACCAGAUUUUCAUUAGAAAUAUUGCAUAAUGUCUGUAAUAUUUUCCAAAGGUUCUAGUGAUUUGUAAACAUCAUUAUCCAAUUAAUGUAGGCCUCAAAGAGGAAUCUCAUAGAGUUGAUCUUAGCUUUCUUCCUUGUUGAACUUCUCCUUUCCUCUUGAAACUGUGAUCAACUUGAAUUUGUUGACUGCAGUCUCCCACUACAUGGCAUUUCAGUUCAUAAAAACUAAGAUCAGUGAACAAAUCGCAGGCUCACCAUAAGAUCAGUGUUUGGGACUGUAGUGGAACAGUUUGUUGUUGUGGAUGAAUUCAUGCACUUUGGGAUUGUAAUUUAAUUUUUAAAGAGACCUAGCCCUUUACCAUUUUUAUUUAAAUUAUGCAUGAUCCUUUGUGUUUGAACAUCAGUGUGUGCAUCUGGUGACUUUUUAAUGUUUUGAUUGGCAGAUGAUUUUCUAUGUUGCCAGGUGAAUUGUGUCCUUUAUAAAAAGUAUAUUUUAGGAGGAACAUUGUGAGCUUCUGGCAAUGACAAAGAGUGACCUAGGCCACAUAUUAUGUGCAGAAUAGAGUCUGUGCAUUUCUAUUAUCCCUCCCUACCAUGUGGGGUUGACAUAUGAAAGCUUUGCACCCUUGUCCACCUUUAGAUGGCUUCUUUUUAAAGCUGUCGUUUCUAAUAUGACACAUUUCAGCACACAAUCUUUAAAAAUGAUUGUUAAAAUACUUUCUAAUACUAAGUUAAACCUGUGUAGAGAUCACCAGUUAUACUAAUUCAUACCUGGUUUUGUAUUUCUUUCAAAGUUUGGUUUAGCAAACAGUUCAGUGAGCAGUCAUGCUAAAAAUGAAUAGAAAGUAGCAACAAGACUCCGAUAUUUUUGUGCAAUUUUAGGACUGUAAUGAUUCCUAGUUCUAAAGCCUCACACUGUAAUCUGUAAAGCUGAUUUGUGCAUCAGUAUGUGCCUGAGGAAAUUUUAUUUCCAUUAUCUAACAAAUAACGGAUGUUCUUUCACGAGGGUUUCUGUAUUUUCACAAGCUGUGAAACCUGUGAUUUCAAUGGAAUUGCACAACUAAUAUAAUCAUCAGACCGAACCUUUAAUCAUCUAUGCUUUGGUUUUGUCAGGAUGUUUCAAUCAAACGAUUUUUUGUUCAUCUAAAAUGUAAUGUCAUUUAUAAAAGGAAGUGAAUAAAAUAAAUGAUUCAUGUUGUUUUUCCUGA